AUGGAGAGGAAGUUUGCUGUGGUGCAGUGGAGUGAAGGGGAGGAUUCUGGGAAGCUCAGUGAAGUAAAAACUGAUACCAUUCGGGGAUAUGAUGAUUCAAAGAUGGACCAGCAUGGGAAUCCCAUAUCCACCUACUCAGCCGUUAUCGAAUGGCGCCAUGGGAAGAAACCACGAGGAAGGUGGCCUCACUACAGAGGCACUGUUGUUUUUGUCAGUGGCAGAUCUAUAUAUGACGUCACCGUAAUCAAAAAGUGGAAGCACAGUGAGCUGGACCAAGGAGCGUUUGGCAGUGGCAGUGAACGAGGAGCGGUUACGGUGACUGGAUUUGAUCCAGAGGAUCUGGCUGUGGAUGUUGGAUACUGGUUUAAGGGUAGCACCAACCGUAAGGGUUACCUGUCAGAAUUCUGUGAGUUCCAUGGAAGCGAGUACAUGGAAAUACUUCAACACAUUUCCAUUCGUUGGCUGAGCCUGGAGAGGUGUUUGACUCGCCUUCUGCAGCAGUAUGAGCCACUCACCAGCUACUUCAAGUCAUUAAAUGAGAAACAACCAAGGUUUAGAAGGCUGGUGGAUGUAUUUUCUAACCCAUUAACAGAGGUGUACCUCCUCUUCUACCAAGCAACAUUGCCAGCCUUCUCCACCUUAAACCUCCUACUCCAGAGAGAGAAGUCCUCAAUCUUCCUUCUACAUGAAGAGGUUUCCUGAACUGCUUCCAUUCCAC